CCAGUAAAACCAAGAAGAAGAAGACGCAGACGCAAAACAGUGGUCUGUACGUUUGAUGUCUUACUUCCGCUUCAUGCAGGAAGCUAACGGAGUCGAUGGUAGCUCUUGUCUAGAAUCUAUAUUCUAGUCAACCUUAGAAAGAUGCGAUGGAAGAAGCACAAAUUUACAGCAGAAUUCCUCGAGAUCUAGUGAGGCAUCUUGGUGUUGAGCCUCACAACAGCUCUAAAGCUGCAAAGUUUACUGAAGCCCACCUGAAGCAGUGCAUUCAGCAGCCGAGCCGGCUGGAUGUGAAGAGCAUGCUGACUCAUAAGGCUGUGCUGCUGGGCUACAAUCGGCCCAAAAGAGACACAGCCAGAACCAGAAACAGGAAGAAAGCCAAAGGACUCAAUGCGCGACAGAAGAGAAUGAUGAAGGUUUACCACAUCAAGCCUCAACACCAGAGGUAUGAGCUUUUCUUGCCGCUACACCAGCUAUGGAGACAAUAUGUUGUGGACCUGUGUGGUGGACUGAAACCGACAGUGAAUCCACAGUUUGUGCAGCAAAAGCUUCUGAAGGCAGACUUGCACGGAGCCGUCAUCACAGUGGUGCGUUCUAAAUGUCCGUCCUAUGUGGGAACUACAGGGAUUCUCGUGCAAGAAUUCAAACAUGUGUUCAAAAUCAUCACCAAAGAAGACCAGGUCAAAGUGAUCCCAAAGAGGAACAGUGUGUUUUCUGUAGAGCUGGGCAGCUUUGUCUCACACAUCUAUGGAAACAAAAUGGAGUUCCGAGCCAGCGAACGUUCUGCCAAGAAAUUCAAAGUGAAAGGAACUAUAGACCUCUAAAGGCACCCAGCUCUGUCAUCUCUUUGCCCCUACUGGAUGAUAAAGGAACUGCACACAUGCCAAGCAUGCAACAGGGCAUGUACUCUACACAGCUUGUGCAGAACUCGGACUGUUCAAUCAAAUCACCUGGCAGUGAAGAGUGUAGACAACCAUCUGAAUGAAUACCUAAGAGGAGAGUGUGAAGGCAGCUUAACACAGCUGCUGCAUUUAGACAGUACAGUUUUUAACAUCCUCUCAGCCAGAACAGAGGAUGGACACAAGGUGUUCCUGGGGGUCACUCAGGAUGCUAGAAGUCAGCUAGCAGGACCUCAUUCAGGCUGUUAUUUGGAGCGCUAAUGGUUCCUUUUUAACAGUCAGGAGUGAGUGAAGAUGUGAGAAACAAAGUGGAUCUCUGUCUGAACUCUGGGCCAUUUUCACCCAAAGAGCCUGUUUUUCAGGCUCCUACAGUCUUGAAUUGUCCAGAAUUUGAUCCUUUUUAUUUUUAGAUGCAUUUGGAAAAAUACAAAGUAAGAUUCUAAAAAUGCAAGCUUUUCUAAAGGAUAAUAAUCAGAAUUUCUGACAAAUGAAUCAAGUAUAUUUGUAUAGCACAUUUCAGCAACAAGGCAGUUGAAAGUGCUUUAUAUCAUGAAAAUACAAAGUCAUUAAGCACACAGUCAAUUAAAACAUAACAUUUUGUCUGGCUUCAUACAUUGUUUUAUUAUGCAGCAGACUAUUUUUUUUUUUGUUUUGUUUUUUUAAAUCAGUAAUAUAUAACCCUAAUAUAUGGGAAAUAAAAAACUCAAUUUCACAGCAUUUUGGGCCCUCAGACUCUUUUAGGUUUUGAAACUAAUCCAGUCCUAAUGUAGCUAAUUAGACUUAAGUGUUCAGCAUGGAGGUCUUUUUGGGUCAUACAGAUAAUAAUGCGGAGAUGAUUUCUACUUGGGUGUCUAAAAUGUGAUGAAAACUACCUGAGAAAUCUAGAAAUAGAAGUUUGGUGAAGUACAGAAUUUUCAAUAUGGUAGCAUUCUACCUCAAAACUAAAAAAAUCUUACUAUUAUAAAAUGUAAGUUAAACUAAAUGUGCUUUUUUUUUCUUCUGAAAUAAAUGACUCACUUCA